CGCGGGCGCUCAAGCAUGGCGGCAGCCGCGUUGGGCAGCUCUUCGGGCUCUGCUUCCCCGGCUGUGGCCGAGCUGUGCCAGAACACGCCAGAGACCUUUCUGGAGGCCUCCAAGCUGUUGCUCACCUACGCAGACAACAUCCUCAGAAACCCUAAUGAUGAAAAAUAUAGAUCUAUCCGGAUUGGAAACACAGCUUUUUCUACUAGACUCUUACCUGUCAGAGGAGCCGUUGAAUGUUUAUUUGAAAUGGGCUUUGAAGAGGGAGAAACACAUCUUAUCUUUCCUAAAAAAGCUUCAGUGGAACAGCUGCAAAAAAUUCGUGACCUGAUUGCCAUAGAAAGAAGUAGCAGAUUGGAUGAAUCAAAUAAGACUUACAAAGUAGAAUUAUCUCAGCAACCUGCACCCAGUACCCAGCUUCCCAUUACACAGUCUUCAAAUCCUAAUGGGUUAACCCAGCAUGCAGGGAACAGUGAAGGACAAUCAUCAAAUCCACCAUCUGCUCCAAUGGUUACCACUGAUUCAGUCAUUCUAAAAGUUCUGCAGUCCAACAUUCAGCAUGUGCUGGUCUAUGAGAACCUUGCUCUCCAGGAAAAAGCACUGGCUUGUAUUCCAGUCCAAGAACUAAAAAGGAGAUCUCAAGAAAAGUUAUCUAGAGCUAGAAAAUUGGAUAAAGGUACUGAUGUAAGUGAAGAGGAUUUUCUUCUGCUGGAGCUUUUACACUGGUUUAAGGAAGAAUUUUUUCAAUGGGUGAAUGACAUUUUGUGCAGCAAAUGUGGUGGCCAGACUAAGUCUAGAGGUGAAUCAUUAUUUCCCAAUGAUGAUGAACUGAAGUGGGGCGCAAACAGAGUAGAAGAUCAUUACUGUGAUACAUGCCAGUUCAGCAAUCGAUUCCCAAGGUAUAAUAACCCUGAGAAACUUUUGGAAACGAGAUGUGGACGGUGUGGCGAGUGGGCCAAUUGUUUUACGCUGUGCUGUCGAGCCUUAGGGUUUGAAGCUCGCUAUGUUUGGGAUUAUACAGACCAUGUCUGGACAGAAGUCUAUUCACCUUCUCAGCAGCGGUGGCUGCACUGUGAUGCAUGUGAAGAUGUCUGUGAUAAGCCACUCCUUUAUGAAGUAGGGUGGGGCAAGAAGCUUUCCUAUGUCAUAGCAUUUUCUAAGGAUGAGGUGGUUGAUGUCACUUGGCGAUACUCUUGUAAACAUGAGGAGGUAAUCUCCAGAAGAACUGAGGUUAAAGAAGAAUUACUUCGAGAAACUAUUAAUGGACUUAAUAAGCAGAGGCAAAUAUCUUUGUCGGAAAACAGAAGAAAAGAACUUCUCCAGAGGAUAAUCGUGGAACUUGUUGAAUUUAUAUCUCCCAAAACCCCUAAGCCUGGAGAACUUGGUGGAAGAAUAUCUGGGUCAGUGGCUUGGAGAGUAGCCCGAGGUGAAAUGGGUCUAGAGAGAAAAGAAACCCUGCUCAUUCCCUCUGAAAAUGAGAAGAUUUCCAAACAGCUCCACCUUUGUUAUAAUAUUGUGAAAGAUCGUUACGUCCGAGUUUCAAAUAAUAAUCAAACCAUUUCUGGAUGGGAGAAUGGUGUGUGGAAAAUGGAAUCCAUAUUCAGAAAAGUUGAAACAGACUGGAACAUGGUAUAUUUAGCCCGAAAAGAAGGAUCGUCUUACGCUUACAUUUCCUGGAAGUUUGAGUGUGGGUCAGUUGGCUUCAAAGUAGAUAGCGUUUCCAUUAGAACGAGUAGUCAAACCUUUCAAACUGGAACAAUACAGUGGAAAUUGCGAUCUGACUCAGCACAAGUAGAACUGUCAGGCGAUAAAACUCUUCGCUCCUAUCAUGAUUUUUCUGGUGCCACUGAAGUUAUUUUGGAAGCAGAAUUAAGCAGAGGAGAUGGUGUUGUUGCUUGGCAACACACUCAGCUGUUUAGACAAAGCUUAAAUGACCAUGAAGAAAAUUGUUUGGAGAUAAUUAUAAAAUUCAGUGACCUUUGAGAACCUGAACAUUAUAGAAAAGCUGACAAUAAUCAAAGAUUUACUGUGUUCUAAAGUAGUCUGUGGGUUCAGUGCAUGCUUAGUUGGCUAUUUACUACCCUCUGCUAGCCUAUUUCUUUGGCUAGCUGUCCAUCAUGUACCCCUCAGGAAAAUACAUCUUUGUACUACGGACCAUCGAAACCUUGAAUUAAAAGCUCCCUUCCAUAUGUGACUGUAAUUUGAAGUAAAGUCUUAUUGCCU